AUGACGUUCGACCCUGGUGAUUUUGUGGCCCGAUCGGGUCCUCACAGACAGUCAAUAUGUGAUGCUAGUGGUGCUGUUGCUGCAAUUGGAGGAGCGGGGACUAUUGAGAUCACAAAAAAUUUGCACCUUAAGAAUUGUCUUUAUAUCCCGUCGUUGCCCUUCAAAUUAUUGUCUGUUAGUCAUGUGACCAAAGAACUUGACUGCUAUGUGCUAAUGGCUCCGACUUUUUGUCUCUUACAGGAUAUCCGGACAGGGACUUUAAUUGGAUGUGGCAUUGAGCGUGAUGGGUUGUACUAUGUGGAAGAAGUUACCCAACCAGGUGUUGAGGCUUUAGCUCAUGGUUCCUCUGAGAGGCAGUCACCUACUUUUUUGUGGCCUGAAGCUGUGGCUACGUCUGUCUAUUUGUUAAAUCGCCUUCCUACUAAGGCACUUGCCAUGUCCACCCCUCUAGAUGCUAUUUCCACUAUGUGUACUUUGUCGUCUGUUUUGAGCCUUGAACCUCGUGUUUUUGGUUGCACAGUCUUUAUCCAUGUUCCUAAAAUACAUCGGACCAAGUUUUCCCCUUGUUCUGUCAAGUGUGUGUUUGUGGGCUAUGGAAAGUCUCAGAAGGGGUAUCGGUGCUAUGAUCCUGCUACUCGUCGGGUUCAUGUUACUCUUGACUGCCAUUUUCUGGAGACUGAGUAUUUCUAUGCUUCCCAACUCAGUGGUCAGGGGGAGAAGGUGAAUGACUCACUGACUUGGUUAAUGAGGUCCAGUAGUGGUGAAACGACAAGGAACACUGCUGAAGAACCCAUAGUACAGUCAACGCCUCAUUCCCUGUCCGGAGAUCCUCCCCCAUCACCCCCUGUAAGUCCUCCUAUGAGUCCCUCUUAUAUUCCUACUCAGUCCAAUGAUGGUCCUAAUCCUUCUCUUGAGGUUUCUCGUGAUAUUCCGGGGAAUACCGUGGACGAAGAGACAGGUGGUGCUGACGAGCAUGUAGAUGUGCUUCCAGAACGUUAUGUUUUGCCACCACGGAACAAUAGGGGGGUCCCAGCCAAACGAUAUGAACCAGAGCAUGUACCUAAAACUACAAAGUACCCAGUGGCUAAUUAUGUCAGGGGGAGUGAGACGACCAUGGCUCAAGCAUUUAGUCUGGCUAUUUGCUCUGUGGAGAUCCCGAGAAAUGUUGAAGAGGCUCAAGAACAGGAACUGUGGCAGAAGGCUAUGGAUCUGGAGAUGGAGGCUCUUGUGGAAAAUGGGAGAGGGGUACUGUAUCGGAAAAAUGAGAACCUAGAUGUGGUGGGAUACACAGAUGCCGAUUGGGCACGAAAUCCAACUGAUAGAAGAUCUACGUCUGGGUACUUUACUUUGAUAGGGGGUAAUCUCGUGACUUGGAAGAGUAAGAAGCAGAAAGUGGUCGCUCUUUCAAGCGCUGAAGCGGAGUUUAGAAGAAUUGCCAGGGGAUUGGCAGAGAUCUUGUGGCUUCGAAAGCUAAUGGCUGAGAUUGGUUUUCCCAAGAAUGGAAUUCCUUCCUUAAUGCCUUUCUAA